UUCAGGAAGAGAUCGGCGACGCGAGAAAAGAAACGAUCCGCCAUCUGGACCGCCUAUGAUCUUAUAAGCCGGCGUCACGUUAUAAGCGUGCGUUACGGGACAAGGAGCGAACGCAUUGCGUACGGGUUGCGCGAGCAGUAGCCCGCGGAAUCGUAUGCGAAAAGUGCGUGUACGAUUUUGGUACAAUUGUUUCUCCGCUGCCCGUCGUGGCGAGAGAACAGGCCGAGGAAAGUGUGAUCGAACCGCGAGUGCUCGUCGGGAACUCCUCGCGUUUUCAAAAUCUCGCGUGCAAUGUCGAACGACGAUACGUGUGAGUCGUGCAAAUGACGAUUGGACUGGUAGCGAUUGAUAACGUUGAAGCUUCCAAAACGUAAGGGGAAAAAAAUGAGUUCGCAACUGCAACGAGUGGAAAUCGCGUUUAGCUUGAUAGUGCUGUUACUUGACUUUUGCACGAGCGACAACGCCACGUGGAUCAGCAGCCACGAGGAGGAAACGCGCGUAGUCAGGAGACCAGGGCAGGACUUCCGAAAGUUGAAGAAGCUAGAGGGAGCGGUGAAGCUGGUAGGAGGCGAGCAUGCUGGCGAAGGAAACGUGGAAAUACUUCACAACAGGCAGUGGGGCAAUAUAUGCGACGACGAAUGGGACGACGCCGAGGCCAAUGUGGUUUGCAAGCAAUUAGGUUUUAACGGUGCAAUUAAAGCAACGACUUACAGCCACUUCGGCCAGGCCAGAAGAAAAUAUUGGAUGGAUAACGUUUACUGCGAUGGAGCCGAGGACGAACUCGCGAAAUGUCGUUUCGACGGAUGGGGCAACAACGACUGCGACAGCAACGAAGCUGCCGGCGUCAUUUGCUGGCACGACGAGGAAACGAGAACGUCGCCGCCACGAAUCCCGCAAGAGAAGGUCAGAAUAAAGGACACGUAUCUCCAAGGCACGGCUUUACGAUUAUCCGGAGGACGCGUACAUUCCGAGGGCCGGGUGGAAAUUAAAUUGGGCAGCGCAGAUUGGGGUGACAUUUGCGGCGACAGUUGGUCCAUGCUCGAGGCCGCCGUGGUUUGCCGUCAAUUGGGCCUCGGUUAUGCCUUCAGCGCGACGCACACUAAUUUCUUUGGCAAUGGGGAAACGAUAUCAAUCAGCGGGGUACAGUGCACCGGGACCGAGGGGAAUCUGGCAGAAUGUUUGCACGACAAGGUUGUGGAUUGCCCAGGGACAACGAAGAGCGUGGCAGAGGUGGUGUGCCAUCAGGAAAUGGCCGAUCUCGUGUUCGAUCACCUCGAGCUGAUGCGCACGGCGCACUUGGAGGACCGUCCGCUCGCCUGGCUCUACUGCGCGUCGGAAGAAAAUUGUUUGGCUUCGCCGGCCUACCAGAUGAUACGCGACUCCGACACGAAUCUGGAGUCGAGACGACUGUUGCGCUUCACCGCGAGAACCUUCAAUGCAGGCACCGCGGAUUUCCUACCGCCUGUGCCUAAAUACCUAUGGGAAUGGCACGAGUGUCACCGACAUUUUCACUCGAUGGAAGUGUUCGCCAUUUUCGAUGUAAUCGAUUCGUACGGCAAUAAAGUCGCCGAAGGCCACAAAGCGUCCUUCUGCCUCGAGGACAAUCAAUGUAUGCCCGGCGUCCAACCCAGAUACAAAUGCGUCCAGUACGGAGACCAAGGUAUUUCCGUUAAUUGCAGUGACAUUUACUUGCACAGUCUCGACUGCCAGUGGGUGGAUAUUUCCGAACUCGAGCCAGGACAUUAUACUCUCAAGGUCGCGGUGAAUCCCGAUUUCAAAAUCGGCGAGAUGUCGUACGAGAACAACGCGGCGAUCUGCGGUAUGCUUUACACGGAAACAUCCGUAACUGUUCAUAAUUGCAAAAUGGGACGUCCUUGACACGAUGCGCACACGAUUGCGGGGAUUUUUCUGGCUGGGGACAAUCUACGGGGUGAGAGAUUUAUAUCGGCCGCGUUGGCGUUGACUGGACAUGACGAACAAGAGGCGACACAUUGCGACCUUGCGGUGUAUAGAUUCGCGAAUGAAUUUCACAGUUUAGAAACGGAACUUCAAUCGGUACGCAAAAUGCAUCAUGAGCAUUAAACAAUGGUAAUCGUUAGAACGAAUGGAAAAAAAGCGAGGGGUAAACCGCUGAGGGCAUUGUGGUGUACAGAUUUGCGGCAUUACUGGGUAUUACU